AUGGAUUUUUCCGACUUUGAAGAGAUUGACCCGAUUACUGAGUUUGGCAUUGAUCAUGGCGCUGCUUCGCAGCCCAUCCUGCCGCAUCGCGCUCACCUUCAGGGUGGACACCCGCCAUGGCAGGGACACGGCGGCAAGUUGAUCGGCGUCGUGGAUAUGGGAAGCAAUGGCAUCCGACUCUCCAUUUCUGACCUCUCGUCGCCUCUGGCGCGUAUGCUCCCGACCGUCUGUGUCUACCGAUCUUCCAUCUCACUCUACGACUCCCAGUAUGAUUCCGAGACCGGAGAGAAGAUUCCCAUCCCGGACUCAGUCAUUGAGUCUGUUGUUUCAGUUUUGAGCAGAUUCAUUGUUGUCUGCGAGGACUUUGGUUGCACAAAGGACAACAUCCACGUCAUUGCGACCGAAGCAACGCGCGCUGCCCUCAAUUCUAAGCAGUUCUUGUCUGCCAUUAAUACUAAGACUGGCUUGACUGUGCAGCUUCUUCCCAAGGAAGAAGAGGGCCAAGUUGGAGCCCUGGGUAUCGCCAGUGGCUUCUCGAGCAUGGAAGGACUAGUCAUGGAUCUGGGAGGAGGCAGCACACAGAUCACCUGGAUGCUCAGCCAGGGCGGCGAGAUCCGUAUCAGUCCCCGAGGAAGCUUCAGUUUCCCCUAUGGGGCUGCUGCUCUGACCAAGAAGCUGCAUGACCUGCAGGAUGGGAAGAGUAAGGAUGAAGCUGACGCCGCUGUCAAGGCGUUCAAGGAUGAGAUGAUUGGCAACUUCAAGGACGCAUACAACCGUUUGCAGAUCCCUGAAGAGCUGACCGAAAAGGCGGAGAGAGAAGGUGGAUAUCGCAUCUACCUCUCCGGAGGUGGUUUCAGAGGCUGGGGAUACCUGCUUCUUUACCUCAACCAGUCUCACGGCAGCCAUUAUCCCAUCUCCAUCAUCAACGGUUACACUGCACAGCGAAAGCAGUUUGAAGACACCGAGACGCUCAAGCACGUUGCCAAGGCUGCAAAGGACAUCUUCCGGGUCUCGGACCGAAGACGAUCGCAGGUUCCUGCCGUCGCCUUCCUCGUCAACGUCCUCUCCGAGGCUAUCCCCUGGGGCAUCAAGGAAGCGCACUUUUGCCAGGGUGGUGUGCGAGAGGGUUUCUUGUUCCGUCAGCUCUCAACUGACAUUCGACAGGAAUCUCCUCUUGAGGUUGCCACGGCGUAUUUUGCUCCUGGUUCGCGACAUCAUAUCCAGCAGCUGCUCAAGCAUGCGAUCCCGAAACCUGCCAAGACUAAGGAGUUUCCCGAAGAGUUUGGCGAGCCCGUUGUCGACUCUUUCGCCAACUCGAUGUAUCUGCACAUGUUCAUGUCCAAGGAGACCGCCUCGACGACUGCACUUUACUCGACCAGUGUGGGAACAAUGUCAUCGAUCCACGGCGUCUCGCAUCAGGACCGAGCUAGGUUGGCGUUGAUGCUUGAGUCGAGGUACGGCGGUGAGCUGCCACCUCGCGAGAUCGAGUUUCGCGAGUCUCUCCGCAAGCUCAUCACCCCCGAGGAAGUCUGGUGGGCCGGUUACCUCGGCAGAGUAGGACGUCUGAUCACGGCUCUGUACCCGGCUGGCAAGAUCCACAAGUCCAAGCCCCGCGUGGUGUUUUCUGCCCAAUGGUCCUGGAAUCUCGGAAAGGACAAGAACGAGGAGGGAUUGAUCCUGACCAUCUCCGUUCAAAAGACCAAGGACGACCCUGCCAAGACCAAGGAGACGAUUGAAGAUGCUGUUGAUGACGUGGAAAAGAUUGGCAAGGAGAAGCACUGGAAGGAGGGCUGGGGCAUGAAGGUCAAGGUCAAGGUGGUCGAGGAGGGUAUCCUGUGA